CUUUGAGUGUUCACAAUCAGGUGACUCUGAUCAAGUAAAUUAUCCCUUUUGCUGCUCAGCAAAGCCGCCCCUGGCUUGAGGGGACGACAAUAAGGAGUUAUGUUGUUUGAUGGUGACUGUGAUCUAUUUAUUAUAUUUGUUGGACAAUGACGUUUGAAAACAAAGGAGUUCAGGAUACGUGAUCUAGCCGAGUGUUUAAUUAUGUGUGAAAGUAGAUCCAGAUCAGAGUUUUGUAAGUCCUCAGAAAAGACUGCAAAAGCAGCGCGGAAAAGAUACAAGGAGAAAAAGCUACAGCUCAAAGUGCUGUUUCUGGAUGAUACUGAACAAACAUUUGAGGUCGAGCAAGGGAUCCUUGGAAGUGACUUCUACAAUAAAGUGUGUGGCUACCUGAAGCUGUUAGAAAAAGAGUACUUUGGUCUUGAGUUCAGGAACCAUACUGGGAGUUACGUGUGGCUGGAAUUGCUGAAACCGAUUGCAAAACAAGUUAAAAAUGCAAAUGAGAUUUCAUUUAAGUUCAUAGUGAAAUUUUUCCCACCGGAUCCAGGACAACUUCAGAAAGAACUAACAAGGUAUCUCUUUGCCUUGCAAAUCAGGCAGGAUUUGGCUAAUGGAGGACUUCCAUGUAACGACAACAGUGCAGCGCUUUUGGUGUCUCAUAUCUUACAAUCAGAGAUGGGUGAUUUUGAUGAAGAGCUAGACAUACAGCAGCUAGAGUGCAAGCAGUACCUCCCGAACCAAGAAUAUCUGGACAACAAGAUCAUGCGAUUUCACCAAAAACACAGAGGGCAAUUGCCAGCAGAAUCCGAUGUUCAGCUUCUGGAAAUAGCCAGGAAGUUGGACAUGUAUGGAAUCAGACCACAUCCAGCUAAUGACGGGGAAGGAAUGAAGAUCAACCUUGCUGCUGCACACAUGGGCGUGCUCGUCUUUCAGGGCAACACGAAAAUAAACACCUUCAACUGGGCCAAAAUCCGAAAAGUGAGUUUCAAGAGGAAACAUUUUCUGAUUAAGCUUCAUUCAAAAAUUGUUCCAUCCUGCAAGGACACCGUGGAGUUCACCAUGGUGAGCCGCGAUGCCUGUAAGGCCUUCUGGAAGAUGUGUGUUGAGUACCAUGCAUUCUUCAGGCUUUCUGAAGAGCCCCAAUCAAGGCACAAGUCCCUUUUAUGCAGCAAGGGCUCAUAUUUCAGAUACAGCGGCAGAACCCAGAAGCAGCUUCUGGAAUGUGUGGGUAGAGGGGAGAAAAGGAACUUGCCUUUCGAAAGAAAACACUGUAAAGCUCACUAUGAUACACGGCAGUGCAGAUCAUCGCCAGACCUUCUGACAGAUGUAUCAACACAGGCGCAUGAACAGACACACUCUGAUGACACAGACAAACACAGCGAACAAGCUCCGCCGGCAGCCUUGGCUGGAAAACGCAGUAAGUCAGCAGUGGAGGUAAUCUUUGCUGCUGAACUGGAACGAUCCAAGCCUGAAGCCGACCCUGCUUCCUUCAACCACUCAAGGAGCAGCUCCUUCUCCUGCUUUGAGGCGGAGGGACGACCUGAUGUGCUGCAGGGCCAGAGAAGCUGCAUGUAUUUCGUGAGGAGCAACAGCAUCGCCGAGGUGGACCGCAGCAGGAUGAUCACCAACCCACAGCUCCUGAGACAUACUGCUUCCCCAAAUUAUGCCCUGUCCGCAAAGCAGACAGAUGGUUUUGUCUCGAGCGCAUCCUUCUACCUGGAGUGUCCGCCCCCACUCCCAAUGCAUGCCUCGCUGCUGGAAGACGUUAUCAGGUCUUCCAGUUUCUCGAACCCCUCCUCCAUGUCUCCUGCUAGUAGAGGCCUUCAAAAAAACAGAUGCGAUGGUCUGUACCAAGUCGAAGUUACAAGCUGUGGUAGUAGAAUUAAUGUAGGGAGAGAGGAAGCUGGACACAGGGCAGAGAAUCCAAACUACCAGGUUGCACUUCCUAAGCGGUCUUGGAGUCAGUGUGAUAUGAAAUUCCUGCACACAGCUCACAGCACAGAGUUUAGAUCGCUGGCACAUUACCAUUACCCAUCCAGGAAGCCGAGUUUGGUGCGGCAAGUGUUACCACAACAUGUGGGUGCGGAUCGAAGAAACUCUGUCUGUACGACAGAAAGGUAUGUUGGUAGUGGAACAGAUGGUAGUGAUUCAGACUCUGACAUCAUCUAUCCUUACUACUACCCUGUACUAGGCAAGCUUGUUAAAGCUGCCCCCCUUGCCAGGCUGCGAGUAUCCUCUGGUAGCCUCCAGCUGGACGAGGAAGAUGAGGAUUCCUUUAACAAUGGCGACUGUGCGAGUGCAAGUCCAUUAACAGCCUCUACCAAGUUACUGUCAUAAUGGGAUUAGCCAAAAAAGUUUUACAUUUGUGUAAGGAAUAAAAUGAACAUAUAAUAUUGUGUUCUGUAUAUAGAUAUGGAAGGAGUGUACGCAAGUGUCCUAUUUCAAGGUGAACAAUGUUAGUGGAGAAAAGUAAUGUGAUUAUUAUUGCAGGGCCUUGAAGGGUCCAGUGCUGAGCGGAGGAAAGGGUCUCUGUUGUAUAGGCUCAUUAUAUGUGAGUGUGCCGUCUCAGCUAAUGUGAAACAGAUGUAAACCAAAACCACAUGUAGUGUAUGGAAUUGUAUAAGAUUGUCUCUGAGCAUGUGCAGGCUUAAUGAGAUGCACUCUAUAAAAGCUUAGAGGAAAGUACACAUUUGAAUCUGCUUGGGGGAAAUGGACCGCCAGACCUGGUCUGAAAGGGCGUUCCCAAUUGAAGGUAACGGUGAAUUUCUAUUUUGACUACACGUUCGGUGUAUACCAUUGUUCAGCUAGAAGAAUGGGUUGAAAUAAUUGUGAUGUUUCUGUAUCUUUAACCGUGAAUGUAAACACAUGUAGUCAUGUAUUGACUGUCACCUGGUAAGAAAUCUUUCAAUUCAAUAAUUAACAAAAUUCGAACAUCCUGUAAAAGUAGAUUUGUCUGAUUCAUUAUACAUUACUACACCCUACAUUUGUGAAAGAAGCACAUAUAAUCUUAAAUAAAAACUGUGAUUAAGGAUGGUUAGUUUUCAUAGAUGGGACUACAAAGUUCAAUAAAAAAAUAGCUGGGGUUGGGGAACAUAUUAUUAAAUAAUAAAAAUGGUUUACUGUUCUUUCCAACUUGUAUUUAUUAUUGUGUUUGAAGCUAUUUCAUCUUGCUCUGGUACACACCCCUAAUACUGCAGAAUAAAGUGUCGGUCAUUGGCACCUGGUGUAGGUUUCUUUGAACUUGAAGCCAGACUGAAAAAAAACAAACUAUUUUUUCUACAAAAUGCAAGAUGUCAGUAGGUUGGGAAUGCUAUUGGUAGAGAACUCAAAUAUCAGUUAAUAAACAUUAAAUAAGCAUUAAAGCAUUUUGUUAGCAACUAUGAAACAUUUUUUUUUGGCUAUGGGCUCCCAGAACCACUGAUCAAUAUCAUGACACACAGAGACUGUUCACGCCGCUCUGCAGUCACAGCAGACCACUAGUCACACUGAAUGUGGCAGGGGAAAGUCAGUGGGCUGUUUGCUACGUCACAGCUGUAUGUGCAAGCAAUAAACAGUAGGAAAGGAAAACUCUUUUUGUACAGAAGACACCAAGCUUAGUAAGAAAAUAUAUAUUUAAAGCAAUAAGGUGUGAUAUAUAUUAUAAAAACUAAUUUUAACCACCCACAUUACCCAAAAAAUCAGGCAAUUGUGGUGUUAAAAAUAAAAUAAAAACAUGUUGCUUUUAAAAAUUGAGAUAUUUUCUUUCUUUGUGAGUUUUGUCUGGUUUGCUGGAUAUAGGCAAAGAGAGUGAGUUAAAGGCAUAAUUAUGCAUUGAUAUUAUUGAGCAUUAUCGUAUACACACGAAUAAAAAAUGCAACUACUGUCAUCCCAUCAUAUCAAA